GAACGAUAGGCUCUUGGACCACAAUGAGUAUCAGUCGUCAUAUGACUCUUUCUUUUCUCUUCUUGUAUAUUUUUAAUUUCCAAGACGUGAUUGCGUUCGCUACGACAGCAAGACACUCGUGUCGUCCGGAACAAAGGAACGUGCUACUCGAAUUCAAAAAGGAGUUUGAGAUUCGGAGGUCUUCUUCGAAACUUUGUAAUAUUGAUGGUCGCAUUGUAGGCUCUUAUCCGAAGACAGAGUCAUGGGAAAAUAACAGCGACUGCUGUUAUUGGGAUGGUAUCACGUGUGAUGCCAAGUCUAAAGAUGUGAUCAAGGUAGACCUCAGCUGCAGCUGCCUCCAUGGCCGGUUUCAUUCCAAUACCAGUCUUGUUAGGUUUCAAAACCUUCCUUCUCUUAAAACUCUAGACCUUUCUAAUAAUUAUUUAUAUGGUCAAGUCCCUUUCUCAAUUGGAAAACUCUCUCGUCUCACCUCUCUUUCUCUUUCCAAUAAUCGGUUUUCGGGUCAGAUUCUACCUUCACUCAAAAAUAUUUCUCAUCUCGCCUUUCUCAGUCUUUCUAACAACCUGUUUUCGGGUUCCAUUGGAAACUUUUCUCAUCUCACAUUUCUGGACCUUUCCUCUAAUCAUUUCACUGGUCAAAUUCCAUUUUCAGUUGGAGUCCUUUCACAACUCAAGUCUCUCCAUCUUUCUAAUAACCAGUUUUCAGGUCAGAUUCCAUCUUCACUUGGAAAUCUUUCACACCUCACCUCUCUCGACUUAUCUGGUAAUCAGUUUUCGGGUCAGAUUCCAACCUCACUUGGAAAACUUUCAUACCUCACCUCUCUCCAACUUUCUGAUAAUCAGUUCUCAAACCAAAUUCCGCCUCCACUUGGAAACCUUUCUCAUCUCACCUCUCUAGAUUUUUCUCAUAACCAUUUUUCAGGCCAGAUUCCAUCUUCAAUUGGAAAACUCUCUCACUUAACUUCUCUAGACUGUUAUGAUAACAGUCUGAUUGGUCAAAUCCCAUCUUCUUUUUCACGUUUGACCCAAUUGACCAACUUGGUCGUAAAUUCCAACAAGCUUAGUGGUAAAUUUCCUAUCGCACUACUAAAUCUGACUAAGCUAUCCUACUUUUCACUCUCCAACAAUCGGUUCACUGGAACUCUCCCUCCAAACAUCACUUCACUAUUCAACUUGAUGUUCAUUUCAGCAUACGACAACGCUCUCGUUGGCGCCCUCCCUUCUUCUCUCUUCAACCUUCCCGCCCUGACCUCUAUUUAUUUGACAAAUAACCAACUCGACGGAUCUCUCAAGUUUGGUAAUAUAUCUUCACCAUCUAAGCUACGAGUGUUAAGCCUCGGCAGUAAUAAAUUCAAAGGUCCAAUCCCGAGUUCCAUUUCCAAAUUAGCCAAUCUCGAGGUGCUUGACAUUUCCCAUUGGAACUCCCCUGUUGACUUCAGCAUCUUCUCGCUUCUCAGCUCGCUCCAACGUCUUUACUUAUCUCACUUGACGGCAACGCCUACGAUCGACCUGAAUACAGUUCUGUCACGUUUCAAGUCUCUCGAUUUAUUGGAUCUCUCAGGAAACCAUGUUUUAGCCACAAACAAAACUACGGUUUCGGAUGCGAUAAGUAAUUUAAACUUGUCAGGCUGCGGUAUAACCGAAUUUCCGGAGCUUCUAAGAACCCAGACGCUGCUGCAGACUCUAGACAUUUCCAACAACAGAAUCAAAGGUCAUGUCCCUGGUUGGUUAUGGAUGCUACCAAAUCUAGGUUACUUGGAUCUAUCCAACAACACCUUCACUGGUUUCGAAAUAUCAACGGCACGCAAACUAUCCUCUCUCCUGGGGCACCUCUUUGCCUCCAACAACAAUUUCUCAGGAAAUGUUCCUUCUCUCAUAUGUGAGUUGCACUCUCUAAGAACCCUCGAUCUAUCGAACAACAACUUCAGCGGUUCGAUCCCUCUCUGUAUGGGAAACCUCAAGAGCACUCUUUCGGUUCUGAACGUGCGUCAGAAUCGUCUUAGUGGAUGUCUUCCAGGGAAUGCAUUCGAAAGUCUAAGGUCAUUUGACGUUGGCCAUAACCAACUCGUUGGAAAGCUUCCGAGAUCGUUGGUGAAUUUCUCCGCGCUCGAAGUUCUAAACGUGGAAAGCAACAUGAUCAAUGACACAUUUCCGUUCUGGUUGAAUUCUCUACGAGAGCUGAGAGUUCUCGUGUUACGCUCCAACGCGUUCCAUGGACCAGUACAUCAAGCCUCUUUCCGUAAGCUGCAAAUCAUCGACAUAUCGCAUAAUCAUUUCGGUGGGAUUUUGCCAGCGGAUUAUUUUGUGAACUGGAGAAAAAUGUCAUCUCUUGAGACGAACAAAGAUGGGUCCAAUCUAAAUUACAUUGGGGAAGGUUAUUACCAUGAUUCCAUGGUUUUGAUGAAUAAAGGUAUAAAGAUGGAGCUGGUCCGGAUUCUAGAGAUCUACACAGCACUCGAUUUUUCCGGAAACAAACUUGAAGGAGAGAUUCCGAAGUCGAUCGGCUUAUUGAAAGAGCUUCACGUGCUCAACUUGUCGAACAAUGCUUUCACUGGCCACAUCCCAUCGUCUAUGGCAAACCUGACAGCUCUUGAGUCACUUGACGUUUCCCAAAACAAUAUUUCGGGAGAAAUCCCACAGGAGUUGGGGAAUCUGUCGUACCUUGCGUACAUGAACUUUUCCCAUAACAAGCUUGUAGGUCUUAUACCAGGAGGCACUCAGUUUCGAAGGCAGGCUUGCUCUUCUUUCAAAGAUAAUUCAGGACUUUUUGGUCCUGCUCUCGACGAAGAUUGCAGUGAUAUCCACAUGCCCUCAUCAUCGCCACCAUAUGAAGCGCUAGAGGUAGAGGAAGAAGAAGAAGAAGAUGUGUUUUGUUGGAUUGCAGCUGCAAUAGGUUUUGUACCUGGUAUUGUAUUUGGAUCAGCAAUUGGAUACAUAUUGGUUUGUUACAAAACAGAGUGGUUCAAGACUCACUUUGGACGAAAUAAACGCAGAUGCAGAGGCACCCCAACUCGUUAG